AUGAUACCAGAAACUUUGAAUCCACUGAACUACUUCACCAGCCUGGUACCAGACUUGAUGCCAGCUGCCACAGUGCCUAUCAUCAUUGUCAUCUGCCUUCUGUUUCUAAUAUGGAACCAUGAAGAAACAUCAUCAAUUCCAGGACCAGGAUACUGCAUGGGAAUUGGGCCCCUCAUUUCACAUGGGAGAUUUCUCUGGAUGGGAGUAGGUAACGCCUGCAACUACUACAACAAGACAUACGGAGAAUUCGUGAGAGUUUGGAUCAGCGGUGAAGAAACAUUUAUAAUUAGCAAAUCCUCAAGCGUAUUCCACGUAAUGAAACACUGGAAUUACGUUUCUCGAUUUGGGAGCAAGCUUGGAUUACAGUGCAUUGGCAUGUAUGAAAAUGGGAUUAUAUUUAAUAACAACCCAGCACACUGGAAGGAAAUCCGACCCUUCUUCACCAAAGCCCUGUCUGGUCCCGGUCUUGUGCGCAUGAUAGCCAUUUGUGUUGAAUCAACAAUUGUUCACCUGGACAAACUAGAAGAAGUGACCACUGAAGUAGGAAACGUCAAUGUGUUGAACCUCAUGAGACGGAUCAUGCUUGACACAUCUAACAAGCUCUUUUUAGGGGUCCCUUUGGAUGAAAGUGCCAUUGUUCUUAAGAUUCAGAACUACUUUGAUGCUUGGCAAGCUCUUCUAUUAAAGCCCGACAUAUUUUUUAAGAUUUCUUGGCUUUGCAAGAAGUAUGAAGAGGCAGCCAAAGAUUUGAAAGGAGCAAUGGAAAUCUUAAUAGAACAGAAACGACAAAAGCUUUCCUCUGUUGAAAAGUUGGAUGAGCACAUGGAUUUUGCAUCCCAGCUGAUUUUUGCACAGAACAGGGGAGAUCUGACUGCUGAGAACGUGAACCAGUGUGUGCUGGAGAUGAUGAUCGCUGCUCCUGACACUCUGUCUGUGACUCUCUUCUUUAUGCUAAUACUGAUUGCAGAGCACCCCACAGUGGAGGAGAUGAUGAUGAGAGAGAUUGAAACUGUUAUGGGUGACAGAGAUGUACAGAGUGAUGACAUGCCAAACCUCAAAAUUGUGGAGAAUUUUAUUUAUGAGAGCAUGAGAUACCAGCCAGUUGUGGACUUAAUCAUGAGAAAAGCUUUGCAAGAUGAUGUAAUUGAUGGCUAUCCUGUGAAAAAGGGGACAAACAUUAUUCUUAACAUUGGACGUAUGCACAAGCUUGAAUUCUUCCCAAAACCGAAUGAGUUUUCUCUUGAAAACUUUGAGAAGAAUGUUCCAUCACGCUAUUUCCAGCCAUUUGGAUUUGGCCCCCGGGGCUGUGUAGGAAAGUUUAUUGCCAUGGUAAUGAUGAAAGCAAUUCUGGUGACUCUUCUGAGACGGUGCAGAGUGCAGACAAUGAAAGGAAGUGGACUUAACAACAUCCAGAAAAACAAUGACUUAUCCAUGCACCCAAUAGAAAGGCAGCCUCUGCUGGAGAUGGUUUUUACACCAAGAAGCCCAGACAAGAAUCACAGUGAUUAA